AUGACUUCAUCGACUUGCUCAGAUAUUAAAGGUUGCUCAGCAACCUCCGAAGGCACAGCAACCACCAGCAAUCAACCUGAAGAAUGCAAAAGCGUUACAGCACCGGUCUAUUCAACAUUUGUCACCGAGAAGGUCGAUAGUUCAGCGUCUACAACAGAAAAGAUCACCACCAGCAUAUGUUCGGAUGUGACUGGAUGUUCAGCACCUCCCUCCUCGACUGCUAUUACGACGACCUCUUCUGUAGCAUCGCCAGGCCCGACAUUGGCAAUUUAUGAUAUACAUGCAAGGCAAGAUGUGCCUUGGGAAGUUACAACGGCAUUUACUGAGAGGCUAAAAAAUGAUACGAAGCCAGAGACCCUGUACAUCGCUCAAUCUGAAAUGGCGAAGGUCGUCAUUUGUUGGAGGCAGUACCUCACACCUGAGCAAGCUGAAGAAUAUAAGCAAGAUCCGGCUGUAAGGAUUACCAUAUUAAAAUGUGCGAGUGCUGGUACUAAAAAAGUUCAGGUUGGUGCUGUGAGAGCCGAUUCAAAUGAUUAUUUCGACGACGGCCUCACAAUCUCAUAUGACUUCAUAACCCAAAGAAGAGAAUCCAACUUUGAAGAAAAGGGGGGAGUGAGAAAGAGAAUAGUUCCUGUUGUACCAUUAACGCAAACUGAGUUUAGCCCCGACGGUGUUGCAGAAGAUUUGAAACCUAUCUCCCUCCCGGAUAAGGUGCAACUAUCAGACGUCAAUAAUUACGCAUAUCGAAGCGAAGUUCCAGACUAUGCCAGGAUAUACAUUCUGGAUUCAGGAAUGGACACUUCUACACCAGUAUUGCUCCAUACUUCAAAAGUUGCCCUGUUACUAACUAAUCCAAUAGGCUUAUCACAGUUUAGUCUCAGAGCCAGCUUGGCUCUUUCCUGGGGAAAACUUUCUCCAAGGUCAAAGUGGCUUUGACUUUCAAAAGGUCAGGAAUAAUCACAACCCCACUUUGCAUGGAACCUGUAUAGCUUCAAAAGCAGCGGGAGAGCCCUUCGGUGUCUCCAAAAAAGCUGCAAUAACCAUUGUUCGUUUGCCUAAAUCAGUACAAACCCCUCAGGAGCAGCAAGCCGGUAAAUCGCCUGGAUCCAGACUCUGGGUCAUCGUGGACGCCCUGAAAUUAGUUUGGGCUGAUAUACAAGAGAGAGAUGCCCGUAUCAUAUCAGUGAUAAGCUUAUACAUAUCGCUAACCAACAACGAUGCACGAAGCAAUUUAGAUGAUUUGCCAAAGUAUGGUGAUACACUCUUUCCUCUAUUUGAAAUCAUGCAAAGAAUUACAAACAUGGGCUCCUCUUUCGUGGUUUCCGGCGGAAAUUACGGUAUCGCGGAGAAUUCUGGAGCCGACACAAAGAUCAUUCGCCAUGUUCCUGCGAUUUGGAAUGAUGUUUUACCUCUUAUUGUGGUUGGGGCUGUCAAUGAGAGGGGUAAUCGUCUGCCAAUUCAACCGUGAGACUCAUUCCCAUCAUUUUGACAGAAGCUAAAUGCUGGACUUUAGAUACAAGCCGAACCCCUUGUGGCCGGAGGCGAAGAUUGAUGUGUAUGCUCUAGGUGCACCUGCAACAUGUGCUUCAAACGAGGGGGUGUAUUCAUUAUUACCCGGCGGUGCAGGCAAUACUUUAGGCCACGAAUCUCAGGUUAACGUUGGCUCAUCACCUGGUAAGUAAAAUCUCAAAGUUUGAAUUCUUCUCGAUAUUCAACUCCCAGUAUGCCCCAUAAUUAUGAGACAAUUGUAAGAUGCAUGGUCGUUACUCUGUACACACUAUAUAAAACUCUAUUAUACUAAACUUGUAGCACAAAUAAGAUACUUGUCUUAGGAUACCUAGGCCAGUGAAAAGUAAGAGUUAACAAUUAUUAAAGCUCUUUAUAUAACUAUUUUAGUUGUACGACGUUUUUGGAAUAAUUUUAUUCUAAGAGAGGUGUGUACAGAGUAACGACUAUGUCUCUUACAUUUUGCUGGCAGGCGCCGAGGAAGAGUCCAAUAUGGACUUCACUUCAUUCUCCCACCCCCCUCAAACCAAAAAGAAAACACGAGGGGACUUUUUUUAUCAGUUCAAUCAUCCAAAUCUAGAGCUUUUCAUCUAACAGAGGCUUUAGCGACGGCAAGUGUAGCUGGUUUAGUUGCAUACUUCAUGGCUACUCCCGGACACGCAGACUGAAUGGAGGAACUAAUUCAAGGUACUAAUGCAUUUGGGUAUGAGGUUGCAAAGGUCGUCAAAGACUACGUUGUAAGAAAAGCCAUCAAGCGUUCCGCAUGGAACACGGCGGAUUGUCCUGUCAAUGUCGCCUACAAUGGGGAAAUCCCACAGCUAAAAACUGGGAUGUUUGCUUUCGGGGGUCCAAACGUUCCUCCUUUUAAACGCGAAGAGGGUUCUCCUGUUUGUCUGGCACCGGAAUCGCCAUCUGAACCUUCCUCUAGUGAUGAUCAAUCUGCUUCAUUCUUUCCGACAGAAACGCGAGAUACUUCAUUUCAAAGCACGACGAAAGAUACAACUCGGCCUGCAGAUUUCAAUGUAUCUACUAGCGUCACAUCUCAACUGAGCACUUCAAUCUCAUCGUCAACAUCAGAAGUUUCAUCAGUGGUAACCCCUGAUACGACUAGCGGCACCCUCUCCACAUCAUUGAGCAGCAAACUUCCAGACGGAUUUGUACCUCAUCAUAAAUUGGGCGAUCCAUCAGAGCCAACUCCAGCAUCUUCAAUCGUAGGAGACACUUUCAGCAGUAGCAAACUUCCAGACGGGUUCGUACCCCACCAUGGAUUAGGUAAUCCAAGAGAACCAACACCCUCGCCCAUUUCAACCUCGCUAAGCGAGACAACACCACCUCCACCAGUCCCCACAACAAUUGCCCCUAUUCCAGCACCACCAUCACCUCCCGCUCCAGUACAAACACAACCAGUUCCUCCACCAAAUCUCCCUGAGGCUCCAAACGAUCCAUCUUGUGAAAAAUGGAGCGAUUGUCCACAGGAUAUGUGCGCUGGGAAAAAGGGUCAAUCGCCACAGUGUUUCAAGAAAUACUGUGCUUGUUUUUGA